CCAUUUCACUGCCCCCCGCUGUUGCGCGCUCGCAAAUGGUAAUUUAACAGUUCCUUCUAUUAUAAGUAUUAUGGUAAAAUAAAUGUACAUGUAUGGAUUUUUUGGCACGCAACCAGUGGCGCUUGUUUUCGCAAGAUUACGGCUAGGUCCAAUGGGUUUUAUCUAGGUUUGGGAAACUUUUUUCUUCUUUUUACCGACUGAUUCUAAAAACUGAAGGAGAAGACAUGGCACGGCUGAGGGUGUACAUUAGCUUUAUUAUAAUCUUUAUUGCAGUUACAACAAGCAGCGCCGCACUUCCUGACAAUGAAACAGUGACAUUCAGAGCUACAAUUCUUAAUCAAGACCCAAAUGUUAAUAAGACCCCCAAUCCAAACCAUGCAUCUUACGACGCAAGCAACGCGAACCACUUCGCAUUUACUCCGAACUUCACCACUGCAAAACCCAAGGUGGGAACUACAACAGCGCCGAAUACUGUCCCGCAUUUCAGAUUUCAUAGCGAAGACUUGGAAGAAAGUAUCGAUAAGAAAGUGGAAAGAACAGUGUGGAGCAAAGAAGAGGAGGAUCAACCAGAAGAACUAGAAUGCCCUCCCCUGGGUCUGGAGUCUCUGCGGGUCAAAGACACUCAGCUGCAGGCUUCUUCUAUCAAGCACUAUGGACUUGGACCCCACCGGGGCCGCCUCAACAUCCAGUCUGGCCUAGAAGAUGGAGAUGAAUACGAUGGGGCCUGGUGUGCCAAGUAUGAAGACAAGAAACAGUGGCUGGAGGUGGAUGCCCUCCGGCCCACUCUCUUCACGGGGGUCAUCCUUCAAGGACGCAACUCCAUCUGGAGCUGGGACUGGGUUCACACCUACAAGGUGCAGCUGAGCAAUGACUCCAUGGUUUGGAAGCCCAGCAUGAACGGGAGCAGGGAGGCUGUGUUUGAGGGGAACCAGGACGUGGAGACUCCGGUGCUGGCCCUGCUCCCAGAGCCCAUGGUGGCCCGGUAUCUUCGUAUCAACCCGCAGACCUGGUUCGAGAAUGGAACCAUAUGCCUGAGAGCUGAGGUUCUGGGCUGCCCCAUACCUGAUCCCAACAAUAUUUAUCUUCUGGAAGCUGAACAAGGAUCCAGGGAAAAGCUGGAUUUCAGGCACCACAACUAUAAGGAGAUGAGGAAGCUCAUGAAGGUGGUGAACGAGGAGUGCCCUGACAUCACACGCAUCUACAGCAUCGGCAAGAGCUACCAGGGCCUCAAGCUGUACGUCAUGGAGAUCUCCGACAACCCGGGCACGCACGAGCUGGGCGAGCCGGAGUUCCGCUACGUGGCCGGUAUGCACGGCAAUGAAGUGCUGGGCCGAGAACUGCUCCUCAACCUCAUGCAGUACAUGUGCCGCGAGUACAAGCUGGGCAACCAGCGCGUCGUGCGGCUGAUCAAGGAGACCCGCAUCCACCUGCUGCCGUCCAUGAACCCUGACGGCUACGAGAUGGCCUACAAGAAGGGCUCGGAGCUGGCCAGCUGGGCCUUGGGUCGCUAUAGCUACGAGGGAAUCGACAUGAACCACAACUUCGCCGACCUCAACUCGGUCAUGUGGGACGCCCAGGAGUUAGAGACGGACAAGUCCAAACUGAUCAACCACUACUUCCCUCUUCCGGAAAACUACACAUCGGAGCACGCCUUCGUUGCCUCGGAAACGCGCGCGGUGAUAAACUGGAUGCAGACCAUCCCGUUUGUGCUGAGUGCCAACCUGCAUGGCGGAGAGCUGGUGGUCACCUACCCAUUCGACAUGACCCGGGACUGGGCCCCCUACGAGCACACUCCCACCCCCGACGACAGCUUCUUCCGCUGGCUGGCCACGGUCUACGCCAGCACCAACCAGGUCAUGUCCAACCCUGACCGACGGACCUGCCACUACAAGGACUUCCUGCAAAACAACAACAUCAUCAACGGUGCCAGCUGGCACACUGUCCCCGGCAGCAUGAAUGACUUCAGCUACCUUCAUACCAACUGCUUUGAAGUCACCGUGGAACUGUCUUGUGACAAGUUCCCCCACGCCAGUGAGCUGCCAACUGAAUGGGAGAACAACAAGGAGUCGCUGCUGGUCUACAUGGAGCAGGUCCACAGGGGAAUCAAGGGAGUGAUCCGAGACAAGGACACCGAGGCGGGCAUAGCAGAUGCCAUUAUCAAGGUGGAAGACAUUGAUCACCACAUCAGAUCAGCCUUCGAUGGCGACUACUGGCGGCUCCUGAACCCUGGUGAAUACGAGGUGACGGUGAGCGCCGAGGGCUACUUCUCAAGCAGGCGGCUAUGCCGCGUGGAGUACGAACACUACCCCACCAUCUGCGACUUCCACAUCACCAAAACACCCAAACAGAGGCUGCGGGAGAUCCUCGCCAGGGGCGGCAAGAUCCCCAAAGACCUGCAGCUGCGUCUGCGUCAACUGCGGCUGCGCAAGCUGCGUGCAAGCACCAAGGCCAUUAACCGGCGUAGGGCCCAGGAACACAGGGCUCGGCAACGCAGGGCCGACUAAUGCAUCUUUGGGGGGAACACACACGUUAUUGCUGUAAAUAAGGGCUUUCAGCCAGCAUACUACUGAGUGUAUAAGGGUCAUGUAAAUAGAUCCAAAACCCACAAGUGGAACAGGAAAAUGAUACAUGGAUGUUAUUACUUGGGGACAAAUGAGAGGGGUUCUAACAUCAAAGCCACAGGAAUCAACAGAAAUGACAAGGGAUGUGUGGAGAAAUAGACUUUUCUUUAUUAUUUGAAAUGACAUAGAUUCUUCCAACCAGUUCCUCAGAGAGGAACAGUUAGUAGUCAGAGCCACAAAGAAUCCCAUUAAUGGCAUAUAAGCCACAGGUGACUCCCUGUAUUGGAAAGAUGAAUCCAUCCAUAUAUAUGAAAUAACUUUAAAAUAUCAUCCAGUAUUUUUCUAUUAAAUUGGUUUAGAUUAAAUUAAUGGAAAAUGCAAUUUAUUUUUAAGCGGAUACCAAGUUUCCUGGAGUCGUCAUUGGAUGUGGAAUACACCUUGUGUGGAUUUAUUUCGACGUUUCCUUUUUGAAUAGAGCAGUGCAGUGGCAUUUCAGUGUCUCUCACAGGUCAUUUUAGUGGGACUUAAGGACAUUACAGUUUAGAAGCAUAGAGAUCAAAGUCUUACAGUCUGGAACUCGUAAGUGUUGGAAUAUGAAAUUAUAUAGUCAUAUGUGUUUCAACAAUUCAUAUUUCUAUGUAUUUUUCUGCAUCAAAUGGAAAUAAAUGCUGGCAUUAACUGGUUCUUGCAAGUCAAGAGACUUUUAUAUACAAGAUAGUAAAUAAAGCUUUGAUUACAACA